AUGUCUGGUAUACGUACAGGCAAGGCGACUAUGGUAGAUGUGACCGACAAGGCUGAAAGCACACGCACAGCAGCAGCACAGGCGAUUGUUCAACUAUCAGAGGCCACAUUCAAGCGAGUGAGUGACAACACUAUGCGGAAAGGCGACGUGCUGACAGUGGCUCAGUUGGCGGGUAUUAUGGGUGCCAAGCGAACAUCGGAACUGAUACCUCUGUGCCAUCCACUGUUUCUCAGCAAAGUGAGUGUUGACCUGCAUCUUCUGCCCUUGGAGAAUUCGAUUCGAAUUCAAUCAGAAGUCAGGACGAAAGGAUCCACUGGUGUGGAGAUGGAGGCAUUGACAGCUGUCAGUGUGGCCAGCCUCUGCGUGUAUGACAUGUGCAAGUCAAUUGGACACGAGAUUACUAUCACGGAUACCAAGCUCGUCAGCAAAACCGGGGGCAAGAGCGACUUCAGCACCUAGUGGGCUUUCUAGUACUAGCCCGCUCUAUUAUGAUGUUGGCAGGGCAUACCAUCCUGUGAUCUGAGUCGGCGAGCAGCUGGACUGGUACAUGAGUGCUUCCUGGGUUGUGUGUGAAGGUCGUGAACGCGAUGGGAGCCAUACUGCAUAGUGGUUAACUGCAUUAGAAUCCGAAUGAGCGAGACUGUCGGAAACUCAAAAGGAUCGUUCGUGUGUACGUGUUUUAACCCUUUAUAGCUUUAUAUAUGUCGGCACCCAUCUAGUGUGGAUAGUUAUUUUUGGCGAAGUGACGCUCAUGUUAUGAACGAGAAGCUCCGACAGAUUUCUACAUCUCACAGAUGUGUGCCUUUGCCGGGAUUGAGGUCUCCUGAUGUCAUGUUUUCGGACAUAUCACACGACAAACGCUUGAACACUCAACAUACUCGAAGACUACUGUCCGCUUCCAAUUUUGCUUAGAUCACAGCACAUCUACGACUCAACCAAAAAGCCAUAGCCCUUCAAAGUAUUGUUCGCCGGAUGAGUGUCCGAUAAUGAUUUAUGAAUAAACGGUAUCAACAGAUGGAGCG